AUGCAUAAGACAGGGCGAGCAUGCAUUCUUCCUGAACAACCUCGAAAGAAAAGGAUUCAGGAGGAUGAAUGGAAUAAAUAUUUUGUACCCUUAAAAAAUGAGUCUGAAAAAUGCAAAGCGAGUCAGACUUUAAGUUACCUGAAGAACAGAAUUACCUGCACACGGCAUAAAUGCAAGGCAAAAUAUAAAGAUAUCAAAGAGAAAACCAAACCAAACAGGCACAAUUUUACAAAUGAGACUUUCUUAGGAGUCAUCCCAUGUACGGUCUGUGAAAAACCCCUCCAAGGAAAGGAGUGUCUCCACUGUUCUUGCUGCAACAUGAUUGUGCAUAAGAGCUGCAAGGAGUGUGCUUCUGUGUGCAACAAGAAAUCCCAGGAGAGCAAUCAUAGUAAAAAGAAGCCCCAAGCUGGUGUAACAAGUUCCCUGCCUGGAGAUAUUUCACAGAUGAUGCCCUCCUCACUGCAUCCUUCUUCCUCUCUGCCUAUUGGACUGUCUUCUGGAAAGAAUGAAGCCUCACAACAGUCCUGCUUCUUGUCCAAAAGUGUCCCCAGCACCAGUUUUGACAGAAGAGCUACACAGUUUUCUGAACAAGAUUCUGAGCCUAUCUCCCUGAAGUCCAAAUCAUUGUCUGAAGAGAUGUUACAAGCAGGAGAGACCUUUCCUUCAAUGGAUGCUUUCAUGAUGGAAGAUGUUGUGGAUUUAUCUCAGUGGACUGAUCUCUGCACAGAUGCAGAAGAGUAUGAGGCAGAGUCUUGGAGUCUUUUUGUGGAUCCAGUGUUUUGUAGCAAGCAAGAAAAGGAUGUCGUCAAGCGUCAGGAUGUCAUAUUUGAGCUGAUGCAAACAGAAGUACAUCACAUCUAUACCCUGUUCAUUAUGUCUGAAGUAUUCAGGAAAGGGAUGAAGGAAGAAUUGCAACUCAACCACAGCACAGUGGGUAGAAUAUUCCCUUGCUUAGAUGAGCUACUGGAGACACACAAGCACUUUUUCUGCAGAAUGAAGGAGAGACGGCAGGAAUCAUGUGAGGCAGGGAGUGAACAUAAUUUUGUCAUCAGCAGAAUUGGAGACAUCCUUGUGCAGCAGUUUUCAGAUCUAAAUGCAACUAAAAUGAAGAAAAUAUAUGGAACGUUCUGCAGCCAUCACAAAGAAGCUCUUAGUCUCUUCAAAUAUUUGCAACAAAAUAAGAAGUUCCAAAAUUUUAUUAAACUGAGAAAUAGUAACCUGUUGACACGACGCCGAGAAAUCCCUGAGUGCAUUUUGCUCGUCACCCAGCGGAUCACCAAAUACCCUGUUCUGGUUGAAAGGAUAUUGCAAUACUCAAAAGAAGGAACAGAAGAACAUAAUGACUUGUCAAAAGCCCUUUGCCUAAUUAAGGAUGUGAUUGCAGCAGUAGAUGUGACAGUGAAUGAAUAUGAGAAAAAGCAAAAGCUGUUUGAAAUUCUCUGGAGAACUGAAAACAGAACAUAUACAAAGCUGAAAAAUGGCCAAGUUUUUAGGAAGGAAGACUUGAUCAGGAAAGAGAGAACACUUCUUCACGAAGGUUUAGUGUACUGGAAGACAGCUACAGGUCGUUUCAAAGACACCUUAGCUCUGCUUCUAACUGAUGUUCUACUGUUCUUGCAAGAAAAGGAUCAAAAAUACGUCUUUGCAGCUGUUGACCAGAAGCCAUCAGUUAUCUCCCUUCAGAGGCUGAUAGUAAGAGAAGUAGCCAAUGAGGAAAGGGGGAUGUUUCUGAUUAGUGCUUCAUCUUCAGGGCCUGAGAUGUAUGAGAUUCAUGCCAGCUCCAAGAAAGAACGUAACAAUUGGAUGAGGCAUAUUCAAGAUGCUGUGGAACGUUGUCCAGAGGAAGAAAUAAAGAAGAUUGAAUCUGAUGAGGACAGACGUAUUGCUGAGGCCAAAGGAUACAGAAUUCAGAAAUAUCAAGAAUCACUGAAAAAACAGGACCAGCAGAUCUGCAAUUUUUUGGAAGAGAAGUUGCGUAUCUAUGCAGAACUGGCAGACAUGUGUGGGUUUGGUGAUGUUCGUGUAGAGCCUCACCUCCUUAUCAAACCUGAUUCUGCAGAAACUCCACAGGUUGCUUCAUUGCUGGCAGCAGCACUCAGAGAAGUUGAAAAUCUCAGUGUUGCUAUAAGAACAUCACAAGUGAGUGAAACUGACAGAUCACCAGAGGAAAACACUGAGGAAUUAAGUGUGAAGCAUAGAUUUACUGCCAAUGAAAUCUUGGAAUCGGAUCUGGGUGAUGCAGAAAUGAAAGAAGAUGAAGAAUCAUCAGAAAUCAAUUCCAGUGCUGCAAAGGAAAUAGCAGGUGCCAAUCUUGAGAAUAAGGGAGAAAGUAUGAAUUUCCCAGGAUCUACAGGGACAGAGACUGUACAAACAAUCCAGAACUUGACCCGUCUCUUGUACAGCACACAGGCAGCACUGGCUAUUCAGAACAGCCACCACGAGCUCCUUAAGUUACACCUGCAAGAGAAUGAGAAGACUGGACAGGGCCACGGUUCUUGGCUAAACCUCGUUUCGAGACAAGAAAAAUACCAGAAUCUGGAAAAACAAGGGGUGGAGCAGGCCAACAUAGACAAAUUAAAGCAGGAGUUUCAGCAAAAGCAGCAGUGGUGGCUGCAUGAAUGUGACUGGUGGCAGCAGGAGCAGGAGGAGAGGAAGAGCCAGCUGAGGCAGCGGGAGAGAGAGUGCAGGUGCCAGGAGGAGCUGCUGGAGAAGAGCCGACAGGAACUGGUGCUGCAGAGGCAGGAGUACCAACAGAACCUGGAAAGGCUCCAGGAGAGGCAGAAGAUGGUCAAGAGAGAAACAAACAUUAUGCAAAUGCAAAAGACACUCCUGUGGCACUUGAAGCAUGGUGGUCUGUCUUCAUUUGCAGAGAGCCAUGAGGUGAAGGGGCAACCCCAUGCACAGGUAGAUGAAUUGUGUGGUGAAAACGCAUUCUGCUUCAAUGAAGCUGUAAUCUGCACAUCUCUAAGAAGUCUCAACAGAUCAGCAUCUCUCGUUUAUGCAGAUGGUAUGUAUGGGCCAAAUAUCUCAAAUUCUGAUGUACCAAGAACUAGUGAAAGUCAGGUGGAUCUCAACGAGCAUACUUCUGGUCAACCAUCAUUAGCUGCUGCGCUGUGGAAAUCCAGUGAUCCUUACCAACAGAUGUCAUUUUCAUGUGAAAGCAACAAGGAUCCCUGCAAUAAUGAUCUGAACACGUCACAGACCCAGGGUCCUCAAACCAGCAUUCCAAACCAGGGAUCCAUCCAGUCACCACAGGUAGAUGCACUGCUGCUGAACUCCCAGCCUGAGAGCUUGCAGGACACACAAAGUGAAGACAAAGUAAAGGACAAGAUUGUUUACCUCUGA